GUGAGGAGUCCGCUGUGCACACGUUCCGCUGGUAGCCUGUACUUGUGCCACAUACUGUUACUCUGCUCGCGUUUGGAGUCUCGUUCCCUUCAUUAAUCCCACGCUGAGCAGGAGGCGUCCCUUUGCAUUCAGUUGUGUGAUGAUCUGUGUUGAGAGGAGGACGAUGCCUCUGAGGACCGGACUUUUCCUCCUGAUGGUGCUGAACGCAUCCGCUUACGAACUGGAUCAGAACGAGUCUUACUCGCCCAGGAGAGCACGCUUCUCUGCCAACAGCCCUUCAGAUGUGGCACGCUGUCUCAACAGUGCCCUCCAAGUCGGCUGCGGAGCCUUCGCCUGCCUGGAGAACUCAACUUGUGACACAGAUGGCAUGCAUGACAUCUGCAGGUCCUUCUUAUACAGUGCUGCUAAAUUUGACACUCAGGGUAAAGCAUUUGUGAAGGAGAGCCUUAAGUGCAUUGCCAAUGGCAUCACCUCGAAGGCAUUCCCCACCAUCCGCCGCUGCUCCACCUUCCAAAGAAUGAUAUCUGAGGUCCAAGAGGAAUGUUACAGCAAGCUGGAUAUCUGCACUGUGGCCCGAUCGAAUCCAGAUGCUAUUGGUGAAGUGGCACAGCUGCCAAGUCACUUCCCCAAUAGGUUUUACGGUAAGCUGCUUCAAAGCCUGAUGGACUGCGACGAGGACACGGUGGACCGCGUCCGAACCAGCAUGGUGUCGCGGCUGGGCCCAGAGAUGACCAUGCUUAUUCAGCUGCUGCAGAGCAAGCCCUGCCCAUCCACUGCUGUGGCUGCAGCUGCCGCCAUCCCAACUGGAGUGGAGGGCCGUGGGAGCUGGCGCUGGUCCAUGGGUCCCCAUAUGUACAAGAUCCAGCCUAAUCUGCGAAACAGAGACUCUGCCAGUCAUUUUGGCAAAAAGCGCUCCGCCAGUGACAGCUCCUAACUUCCGCUCAGUCUCAAAAGAAAAAAAGAAAAAAAACCUCUCACACCCCUCGAUACAUCACGAAAGCUCCUCUGUUCCCUAGGGGUGAUAAGAAUCCAUUCCUCCGCUAGACUGGUUACAGAAAUAUGCCCCUCUAGGGAAAGCUGGAAUGCCCCAUAGAGUUGAUAUCAGAGUUUGAUUGUUGUUAUAUUGUAAAUCCUAGGCUUGAGAGAACCCCCCCCCCCCCCCCCUUCCAUCGACUGUUUCCAAACAUGUCCGCUCACAUUUAGUGUUGAACAUGUAGCUGUUGCUUCUGUGCAACGUGGUCCUGUUCGAUCCUUUUCACCUUCUCCAGCUGAGAUGAAUCCUAAUGACGUCGUUUGAUGCCAAGCAAAAAAAAAAAAGAGGAAAAAAAAAAGAAGCAGCCAUGAUGGCUGACGCCUCUAGAGCACAAAAACGAUCUCAUAAUCCUGACAUGUCUUCAUGAAUUGAAAUAAGUAGUUGGAUUAUUUUUAGUUUCUUGAUAGGAAAGGGAAAUCAUUGGUAGAUGUGUCUAAUAUUGCUGCAAUGAGACCAGUCAAAUAAUUGUGAGCGUGAGAUGUGGAAAUGAGUUUCAUAUCUAUUUUCUGACAUUAACACCAACAGUUAAAUGUACUGUAUACUGAGUUUACUGAGACAGCCAUAGCACGCCCUCUAAAAGAGAGUGCUCACACGGAGUGAGGUCUGUAGAGGUUCUAUCUUAACCUUUGAGAGGUUACCUUAAACUGACCAAAAAACUUCAAACUGCCCUGAACGCUAUUCAUGAAAUACCAAAAUAGUGUAUAGCUAUAGCACUUAUAAUUUGUUUUGUUAUUCCGUUUUUUUCUUUUCCGAUGGCAGGUGUAGUCAUGUGUUUCAAAUCAUCAUCCUGCACGUCCUGCACAAGGAGUGCCGGGUCAUGGCCGGAUCUGUCGAUCAGGAAAUCAAAAAAGAUCCAUUUUUGCAUAUCUUGCAGCCAGACACUUGUAACGCAUAAGACUGUUGAGCUCUACAGUACAUGUGGGAGCAUGUUUAGUGGAAUCUGUGUCCAUGUUCUUAGCGGAGAGUGAAGCAGUGGUGUGUGCGCAGUGGCUGAUUAGCACGUUCACCGCUGAGACUGAGAGCGGCCAUCUUCUCGUGCGGAUGAGCGUCCCUCUCUGAGGUGAAUCAUGUGACAUGCACACUGGCUUCCGGCGAUAGAGAGUGACUAUUUAAAAAAAAAAAAAAAGCCUUGUUUGGAAUAAUAUUUAUUUUCCUACUUUAUUAUUUAAUGUUUUUAUUUGUAUUUGAAUGCAUUCAUGUAGUUUUGAUUAGUUUACAGAUUUUAAACAAGCAGUUCUCUCAUGUCUCCUAUUUGAACGUGAGCUCUACACCAAAAAAAGAAAAGAAGCUGAGCUGACACUCUGGGGGACUGAAUGAGGCCCAUGUCAUGACUCUGUGCUGGACAUAGGGGAACAAGGUUGGUCAUUCAAGUCAGCUGAUCUACUUUGUGGGUGUCACAAGGGACCACGACAAGAAUUACAGCGUCAUUUUGACACACUUUCUGGUUUGAUAAUAAGGAUGCAGCUGCUAGACGUAAUGAGGUUUGUGCACAUCACGGAGGAUUGGGCAGGUUUGAGGCGACACCAGCAUAAAGUGACCUUGUGAUGUUUGUGAUGGUUCUGCACUCGUUUUUGGUGUGAAAUUCAUUUUCCUUAUGACGGUUGGUGGCGUGCUGACAAAUUCUAACCACGCGGAUCCAAAAAUAUUCAUCUUCACUUUCUGAUUGGGUGUUUUUCUACACAUUAACCGCUUGACCAGGAAAUAAUUCAUGGAUCACGAUUAAUCAAAUCAGGCACACUCAGAGGACUGAUAUCUAUGAGUGUUUGAUCUUCAUCAGGGCUGUGUUGGUUUGGUUUGAUCAAAUUUGAGAUUGACUGGCAAAAUUGGUAAACAUCUUCAGAGAUCUUCCUAUUCAUAUUUAGAUUUUGCCGAAUCCUGAUCAGGCUAGAAAAGGCUGUGACCUUCCUUUUCUGAAUGAUCAGCGCACGCUUCAAACCUGCAGGAAGAGUGCAGAGCCUCGGUCACUGAGAAGUGUCUUCAUGCUGGUGUUUGCUUUAUCUCAACCUGGUGGACAGAUGGGUGUUUGGUAACAGAUACUUUCAGUUGAUAAAUUGAUGGCGUACAUUUCUGUUUUGCAGUAAAUUGCAAAUCUUUGUGCACAGUGAAAAUGCAAUAUAGAGAUUAACUUUCACUUCAGUUCAGUUCACUAUCAAGCAUCAGAAAAAUUCCCUUUGCAAACUGGCCAUCUUACAGUUUGCUUUAUAACAACAUUUUAAAGUAUUAUUGAGCAAAUUAUUAUUUCCAAUACAGCUUUUAUCUUGACUUCAUGAAAAUAACUGAAUCAGGUCCUGUAUAUGGGGAAAAAAAGUGAAUCUCUAUAUUGUUAUAUUAUUUCAUAUUGGAUUGAUGAUGGGAGUGAAGCACAAACCAGAAAAGGAGAUCUUUCAUUUGUUUGUGUCAAUUUAACAGCUAUCUUUAAGAUUUCCAAACUAUGCAAUAAUCUCGAACACAGCGGAUUCACAGCAACACAUAAAUUGACCUUUAUUUCAUUCAGUGCCAGCUGAUGCUGCGUGAGUAAAGCAGCAGCAACACGUCCUGCACGCACAGUGUGCAGACGUCGCUCCGCUGCAUCGCUCUCUGUUCCUGUGGAUUUUUAGUUUUUUUGUAUUUUUUAAAGUUGUGUUUGCUUUUGUUCUGUGAAUCUGAUCAUUUUUUGUUUCUUUUGUGUCAUUUGGUGCGAAAGGCAGUUGUGAAGGAAUCACUUUGGGAAGAGCUAUAGUCACACUGUAGUAUAUCCUAGCUUACUAUUUUUAUGUUUAAUAUGCACUUAACCACUAUAAAGGGCAUUGAAACAUUCUGCACACGUGCAACAUGUUUUAUUUAGCCGGUGAAUGGAAAAGCAGUCAGAAUGAGUUGCAUCCUGAAGGGUCGGGGCUUCUUCAUAUACUAAUGAUACAUAUGUCUGUAUCUCUGUUGUCCAUGGGUAAAUCCAAAACCCAGCAGCUGCUGCUAAACUCUUACAUCCCUGUUUGAUGCUGUCCAGAUGCCCGUCCACUGUGGCCACACUCUGGCCCCGUCACAACACACAGUGAGCUCAGCACCGGCCGCUCGUUUGCAUUUCGGCAUUUUCUAAAUGUCGAUCCAUGUCCUCAUAUUUAUUUUCUACGAACAUUCCUUGUGUCAAAUAUAUUUGGCAAGGGCAAAUUGACUGUUUCCUCACCGUCAAAUGUAAUGGUUAUUUCAGAGAAUGUACCUGUACACUGAAUGUCUGCUUUGACUAGAACACGCCCAAGGUUAGGUGACCCAUGAAGGCUAUUGGUUAAAAAAAAAAAAAGUAAUAAGGCUUUCGCUUUCUUUCUGUUUUUGGUUUUUCAAAAUUCAACGACAGGGUGCUUAAGGUGGUACUGCAGUAUUGUUCAAAUGACCCAUGGUGACUUUUGUGAAACUGUUUCUCCUGUCAACACCAGAGACUAAAGACUCCCUCACUUCUGGCACUUCAUGGUACUCUUUUCCUCUCAAGACUUGAAAUAGAUUGAUAAAUGUUGUUGUGCUUAAAACAAAAUUCAAAAAGCUUCAGUGACUAGUAAAGUUUAUUUUGUAUUCAUAUAUAUAUAAAUAUAUAUAAAUAUAUAUAAGUGACAGUUAUUUUACUAUUGAAUUCAAAAAGUUAUCAAGGAUUUGAGGAGAUUUACUGAAGUUCAGAUGCUAUGUAACGCAUGAUUGACCCUUGUGAAUCACUUGCACUUUAGAAUAUACCCAUAGACAUAUAUACCCAUACUGUGUAUAUGUUUGGGUUUUUCCUCUGUACUGAAAAGUCAUGAAAGAUACAAAUGCAUCAAAUGUGUGUCUUUUGCUGAUCAGAAAUAAAAUAUUUAUCAUAUCUGG